UCGGGCACCGUCUACGCUGCCAGGCCACCAUGGUCCUCGGUUGGCUGCUGCUUCUGGUGAUGACUCUGCCCCUGGGCACCACGGAUGUCAAGGAAUGCUUUUUCUGUGAGCUCACCGACUCCACACACUGCCCUGCCACCCUCAUGCGCUGCGGCGAAGACGAGAACUGCUACACGGGCCACGGGGUCGCCCCAAGCACCGGUCCGAUCAUCAACAAGGGCUGUGUGCACUCCACCAGCUGUGGCCACGAGGAGCCCGUCUCCUACAAGGGCGUCACCUACAGCCUCAUCUCCAUCUGCUGCAUCGGCAACCUGUGUAACGAUGCCCCCGGCCACGAGGGCAGUCGGACAGCAGGGACCGCCGCCAGCCUGGCGCUGGGGCUGGGCUUGCUGCUUCCUCACCGCGUGCUUUGACCAACAGGGAGGGCAGGGCCUGGGACUGGUCUCCCCGCUCUGCCGCUCCC